CAUACUACCUAGCCCUCCCCCACCCUCCAUCUAUACCUAUCACUCACCGCUAGCUUCUUGAUCCUCGAAAGAUAAACAACCAUUGCAACACUGGGCUCGGUCGCGUUUUAGCCUCUGCGAUCAAAUUCCCCGAGAACUCAAGUCGACGCCACUGCUAUCGAUUUCCUUCGACCUUUCCCAUCAGCGCAUGGUGCAUUCUUCGGAGUGGGGGAUCUCGCUAGAUCUCCGUCGGUAGUUCGAACAUUCCAGUGUCAAUGAGAUCGGGAGGAAUCCACGUCGAUCGGAAAUUAUAAGAGCUCAAGGUCUCCAGCAAUCAUGACGGCCGACUCUGGCCUCUCCGCUGCGGGGAGCAGUACCUACGCUUCAAAUACACUGCAUGUCGGCGAUGGAACGUGGGACUCGGAGCGCGACACAUUCCUCCUCCCUAAUCUGAUGGGUAUCAACUUCGACACAAUGCGAUACAAUGGAAUGGGAAAUCGAUUCAAAGAUAUGCCCGAAUACCAUACCCUCAUAGUCGUUCACGGCGUCAUCGCUACAAUCGUCUUCCUUUUUCUUGUCCCAAUCUCUGUCUUGAUCAUCCGAUACUACUCUCGAUGGAAUCCUUUCUGGGCCUUCAAGCUGCAUGUCUGGUGCCAGGUCCUGACAUUGUUGCUGAGCACCGUUGUGUUCGUGUUCGGUUGGUUCGCUGUCGGUCCAAAGAGAAGCCUGACAAACCCGCAUCACGGUAUCGGACUUGCGAUAUAUGUCCUAGUGAUCUUUCAGAUUCUGUGGGGCUGGCUUGUCCAUAAGAUUGAGAGGAACAGGAGGAGUUACCAUGUUCCCUUGAAGCUUGUGAUUCAUCGAUGGAUUGGACGCGCCCUCGCCAUCCUAGGUCUUGUUCAGAUACCGCUGGGGCUCACCCUUUAUGGCUCGCCUAAAGUGCUUUUUAUCCUCUACGCUGUUGUCGCCUUCAUCCUCCUCGCAGUGUUCUUUGUGCUGUCAUAUCUAUACGACACAGAAGGAUAUCACAUGGAGAGCGGCGGAUACGAAAGCCGACUCAGCUAUGUCUCAGGACCCUCAGCUGCCGAUGAUCAUGGUCAUAGUAACCUCGGGCCCAUGGCUGCCGCAGGAGCGACCGGAGCUGGCCUGGCUUCGCUCUUCAGACGUCGUUCCAGAGGCAGACCACACGAUUACGACGAAUCGCAUACCAGUUUCUCAGACGAAAAGCUUUCUGAUGAAGGACCACGGCGUGGUGGCAAAGGGAACUUACUUCUGAAAUUAGGUGCAAUCGGCGGUGGUGCCUGGCUCGCGAAGAAAUUCUUUGACAGAAGACGCGAACGAGACAACGACACGGAGUCCGGUCGAUACAGCAGAGCUCAUACUCGGAGCGACAGCAUGACCGAAGAAAGCUUGAGUAGACUGGAAGAUGGGCGGCGACCCGAGCCAACAGCGCAUACUCCUCUCAACCGUCCACCAAGCAGACCUCCAAGCAGACCUCCCAGCAGACCUCCCAGCAGACCACCAAGUCGACCUCUAAGCCGCCCUCAAAGCCCAGGCUCUUCGUACCUGUACAACAGCACCUAUCUUUCCGAAGCUCCCCCUCGCAGGCCAUCCCACGGACUUCGAGACGCUCUUCUCGGAGCGGGAGCAUUUGCAGCGAUCAAGGGCUUCUUCUCGCGUCGCAAGGGCGACGCAGAACAACGUCGCGUGGAAGAGAUGCGCCGUCGGGAGAUGGAAGACGAGCGGCUAGCCCGGGCCAACAGCAAGCGGCGCUACCCCGGAGAGGGCUAUUACCCAAGACGUGACCGACCGGCAUCAUUCACAGCCACGGACCUUUCAACAGACCUGUCCCGGCCACCCCGCGGUCCGCCGCACGGCGAGUCCAUAGUCUCAGCAGCGGGACCCCCAAUGGCAUCCGGAGCAGUGGACGGUGCACGCUCAGACAUACCGCCUGCACCAGGGCCACCCGUUCCCCCACCAGCAGCAUCGGAAUAUCCAGGACCAGCAGCAUCUACACACGGUCCUACAGAGCUCGCCUCAGGAGUAGCAGCCGGAACAGCCCUAGGUGCUGCGUCAUCGGCACAUCGCCGUCGCAGCGCCAGCCGUCACCGAAGCAGCAGCCGGCCCAGGAGUAGCAGCCGUCACCGCGAUCCCAUCGCAUCUCCCCCCGUUUCUGUCAAACUGAAAAUGCACAACGACGGCCGCCACGUUACUCUCCGGAGACUGACGGAUGAAGAAGCUGCCGCCAGUCGCGAAGCGAGACGAAGAGAGCGAAGGAAUUCCCGUCGUCGCGCCGGCAGUGCAAGCUCGCUAUCAGGAAACGAAGGGGGCUCGUAUGACCGCUGGCGUCGUGUUGAGGAGCUGGAGCGCCAGCAACAGGAACAGAUGCAACGAGAACAGGCUGCUGCGGCGGCGGCUUCCUCGGGCUUCCCAGCGACUUCUGCUGCUCCAUCAUCAAGUAUGCCUCCCGCCACGUCCGCCUACUAUGCACCACCUCCUCAGAACGGAAACGGGAGUCAUAUGCCGCCGCCCCCGCCGCCCCCGGUGCCAUCUAGCCAUCCUUAUGGGACAGGGAGUAUCGCGUCUCCGGGUACAUUUACUGGGACGGAAGCGAGCGGUGACUAUGCGAGCAAUCGUCGACGAAGACGAGCGGAGAGAGCCCGAGCACGUCAAGAAAGACAACAGCACGGUGUGGAAUUUACUUGAUGAAACGGUAUCUCCUGCUAUAACUUAUGACACUUCCCUUUUUCUUUUCCUCUCCCCCUGUAUAGCAACCUUGAUGAUUUCAUGCCCAUUUUCUCUUUGGUGUUUAGUUCCUUUCCGAGAAUUUGCUUUUUUCUUUUUGAUUUUACCCCUUCAUGUCAAUCUUGAAAUACGUUAUGAUGUACAAGUGCCAAUGACUCGUCGUCUCAGUUGUUGGUUCUUCUGGAAACUAUGAUUCGUGCAUGUUGAAAAUAUUUGUGCUCGGGAAGAGCUUCUUGUCUGGUGAUGUCCGGUAAUGACGCUAUGAAAGCAGCCAUGCACAACGGUUGCAAUGAGCAAGGGAAUGGAUAUGAACUGUUGGUUUUGUUUGGCUAUUGGUUUGUGAUAAGAUACUGCUAUGAGGGAAUGGACAGUGCUAGCUCAUAAGCAGUAGGAGUCGGUGCUCCUUUAACCGUGAUGUUUUCAUUUGCCUUUCCGAUUCCUGCAUAUAACGGUUUCCAUGUCGUUCAUAUUGUGAUGCUUUAUUGUCCUUAAGAUGAAAAAUAA